CAAAUGAUGGCCCAUAACGAACACAAAGAAGGUUUCCUUACCAAGGUUUCUUCUAUUUCAAAUAAGCACAUGCAAGUGGCUAAUUGAUGAUGAUAAAACAAAAUUCGUCCAGUAGAAUGGAGAAUUUAUGGAAGCAAAUGAGGGUGCAACUUACUGGGACGGAGGAGAACAAAGCUGAUCUUAGUGCCAAAAGGGAUCAGAAAACACCUAUACAGAAAAGUCAAUCAUUCAAAGAGAAGAAAAAGGGCCAGAAUUGGUUCGAAAAACAGCUUCCAAGGAAAACAAGUCGUGAUUAUGACUCCAUGGAAAUGGAGCAUGCUGCAGCAGUAGCUGCUGUUGCACUCACAAUUAAUUUGCAAGAGGCCUCUGAGCAGAAGAGUGAGACCCUGGGGACCUUAUUGGCCAAGACAAAAAGCAAGGUGGACAACACAAAAUCUCCAAAGUCCCUACUUAGUAGUGCAUCCAAGCGAUUAUCAGGUUCAUUUAGAUCUACAGAUGACCAUGGUGACAAGGUACCAAUAUCCUCAGUUGAAGAAAAGAAGCCGGAAAAGGCCAUUACCCGUGUACCAUCAAUGAAAAAGACUUCAACUUUCACUGAUAACAAACCAGACACACCAGCACCAAAAUUUCCUCCACCUCCUCCACCGCCGCCAAUUAGGAAGACUUCAAGAAAACCAGGCCAACAGACUACAACAGGAUCAAGCAUUGAGGAGAGAAAUGCAGAGGAAUGGGAGAGAACUGAGCUUGACAAGAUUAGACAAAGGUACGAGAAGUUGAAAGAGAUGAUAGAUUCAUGGGAAAACAAGAAGAGGAUGAAAUCCAAACUCAAGCUAAUUAAGCAAGAGGGUGAACUUGUGCGAAGAAGGUUGAAAGAUUUGGAGAAAUUUCAAAAUAAGAUGAAUUAUGUAAAUCAAGUUGCCGAGGGAGCAAGAGCAAAAGGUGGAAAACAGAAAGAAUGAAGAGCUAAAAGCAAAAGAGAAGGCAAAUGCAAUUCAAACAACAGGCAAACUGCCACGGAUUUCUUUCUGUUUCUGAGAUCACCAAUUACAUAACAUCAAGGAGUUUGGAAGGCAAAGAUCUAAGUGUUUGUUACAAAGUUGCAUCCAAAGUUCUUAGUCCUCAUUUCUAGUAAAGCAAGACAUGAUGCUAUAGAAAUUGGAAAAACAGAACUGUAAGCUUCAGCAAAUACAUGAGCUGCUUGUGUAAACCAAUUACAACUUUUCUUGUUUAGAUUUUAGUUUUAGUAUGAUUAAUCAUGUUAUAAAACAUUAGUGGUUGUCUUUAAUCAAGCUACCCCAAAUUGUUUUAA